AGUGUAAAUAUUGUUAGAUAGAAUUGUGGACGUUCACAUCAGAAUUACAUUGAAAAGUUCAUUAAGAUUUCUCUAAUCAAUAAAUAGUCUUUAUGUGUUUUAUACCUACUCACAUAUUAUAUGUAUGUAUACAUAUAGUUACUACGGUUGUUACAUGUGGAAAUCAAGAAGAAAUAGUCUUUAAUUUAGCAAAUAAACUCAACAUGCUCAACAUAAAAGGAUAUUAAAUUACCAAAGAAAACCUAAAGCUAUUUCCCACACAAUUCUAAAAUAGAAGAUUUAAUUCGAAUAAGCAGAUUGUGUGAAUAUUUGUGCCUUUAUCUCAUUUCACAAUAUAUGUACAUAUGUGGCUGCGUUGUCUUCUAAUCAGAAAUCACUUGCUUGAGUACUUCUUCAAUGAUUCUCCUCUCUGUGAGGUCAAAGUGCUAUCAUGCGAUUGACACAACUUCACAAAAUGUUAUUUUUCCUAUUCUUCCCAUUUGAGUUAAUUCAUCGAUUUUUUUGGCUUCCACGUGGAAUUGACUUUUCUCGGCUUUUCUUUCACCAAAAAGUACGUGCUAGUGAUUAUAUUGACGAGUUUCAAUUGGAUUUUCAAUGUUGCAUGAAAUCAUACUCUUUGCUGCAGUAUUCUGCCCCCUCACAGUGUAUACCAUCAGUCCAAUAAGACCAGAUGUGAGGGAGGAGCUGGAGAAGAUUCAAAAGGAACAUUUUGUGCAUGAAAAUGACUUCAGUGGGACAUACAUGGACUUUGUACCGAAAGCUCUACGAUGGGAAUUGGCUUUUAUCCUGUCAUUUGAACUUCGUGUGAAUGCCUUGGAUGCUAAUGGAUUGAAGAUAAUUCAACAGGCCUUUGGUUUGGAUGAUGGAAGCACCGUGAUAAUGAAAAGAAAUCUCACUAAUUUAGAGGGAAAAUCUCUACCCCUAAAUGGAAGGGAAAUAAAUGUGACAACGUUGGAUUUAUCGGAAAAUCAAAUUGAUGAAAUUGACAAGGAUGCUUUUGGAGGAUUUAUAAAUCUGCAUCGUCUCUAUUUGGAUCAUAAUAGAUUAUCUCAUAUGGCUGUGGGAGUCUUCAACCCCUUGAUGAAAUUGAAAUACCUCAGCUUGCAUUCAAAUAAUCUCCAAUCCAUUGACACUAUGAGAUUCCCUGAGAACUCCAGCCUUGAAGAGUUAUUCCUGAUCAAUAAUCACAUCACAAAUUUACCUGAAGGAUCUUUUGAAAAUUUACGAAAGCUAAAUAAUUUGCACUUAUCACGGAAUCACCUUCAAAUCCUCCAUGAGGAUGCAUUCAGGGGUUUGUCAUCGCUCAAGCAUUUGAUGUUGAGAGAGAAUUGCAUCAAACAUCUUCCACGUGGUAUUUUCCGGGAACUUGGAGAACUUUCCCACUUGGAUCUCGAGCACAAUCUCAUGGAGUUUAUUGAUUCGGAGAUUUUUGUGGGAAAUGAGAAGCUCUUCAGUGUAUUAUUGAGUGAAAAUAGACUCACUACCUUGCACCCAGAUACUUUGGUGCAUCUUAAGAAACUUGAAACGGUUAUGCUGGAUAGCAAUCAACUUGUUGAAUACAACUUCAGUGAUCUACACACAAGAACGAUACGACUCACAGAUAAUCACCUGACUGAGCUGCAAUUCAACCCCAAUGCUACCCAUAUAAAGGCACAAGGAAAUAAAAUUGAGAGAAUUCUUGUGCCAAGCACGGUGAAUCUCAUUGAUUUGCAGGUCGAUAGCAAUAAAAUUGAGGAUUUGGGAAAUAUCACUACCAUUUCCACCCUUACAGCUCUCUAUAUUGCCAACAAUAGUAUUUCGGAUCUCCCAGAAGAUUUUCACAAGCUAACGCGACUCUCAGCCCUGGAUUUGUCACACAAUCACCUGACACAUUUAUCCUUUAGCUCGUGGACGACGAAUUUCUCCUUGACAUCCCUCUAUGAUUUGCGUAUAAAUGGCAACAAUUUUUCACAUCUUCCAACCAAUUUUCUGGAUUUCUUCCCAAACCUUCAGUACCUGUAUAUAUGCAAAAAUCCCUGGAACGCCACCUUCCUCCACAGCUUCAGUGAACAGUGCAUUGGCAGAAAUAUUACCCUGAAUAAUCCCAAUGAUCCAACAAAUGAUUGUUCUAAUUGAAAGAAUUUUUCUUCCUUCUUUUCUUAGUGAUUUAUUUACAAAAUUAAUUAUUAAAUUCAGCAUUACACAUUUUUUUUUCUUUCAAAAGUCAACCUACCAUGUAAAUUUUUUUUAUUUAAAUCGGACACUUCUACAUCACUGUUUUAAUUUUUAUCUACGAAACAUUUAAUCUAAACGUUAAGCUUACACCUAAAUGAGCUUUUCGUUAGGGGCAAAAUGGGGUGAAAUGGGUCAGAAUCAAAAUUUGUUGGGAAAUUUUAUCUAGCUUAAAACUUCCUCAUUUUGCGUGACCCAUUUCUGCCCCAGUGUCCCCUAAAGUAAUUCUAAUAUAUUUUUAAUGAAUAUAAUGCACAAUGCUAGUAAUAAAAUUGAAAAAUUAACCGAAGAACUUCUGUUAAAAUAUACUUUUUUUUUAAGACGAAAAUUGAUUUUUCCUAAAAGGAUUUAAUGUUUUUUACUGAAACACAAACAAUAUCCAUCCAUCCGAAUUAAGUUUCAAAAAUUAUUUUUUGUAACUUUGAACAUAAAUAACAUGAAAUGUAGUCGCAAUUUGAAAGCUUUUUUUCUUGGAAAAUAGAAAAUUCUAUACCCUAAUAGGGAAGUACGUAUCGAAAUUUUUGACACCGCUUUCCUCUUUCCCUUUGCAAAGUGGAAAAGAAUGUUGACCUAUUUAUUUUUCAAUUUCUGUAAUGAAUUUUCCUAGAAUUUUUCACUUCAACAUCAGUUUGAAAAUAUUUUCUUUAAUUUUUUUUCUUUAAAAUAAUAGUUAAGCAAUAAAUAUUGUUAAACAUACUAAUAGAUAUUUUAAUUUUAAUGAAAAAAAAGUUUUCUUGAUAAGUAUUGUUGCAAUUUAUGAAAAUGAAAGAAUUAAUGAAGUUAAGAAAAGACCGGAUUGGAGAAAAUAGAGAAAACUAUUAAGAUGCGAAGAUAUUAGAAUUUUUUGUCUAUUUCGUUUAAUAUCAAAUUCAUCUUUAAUCCUUUAAAAUGUGAGUGGCUGAUCCUAAAUUUAAACAAUCUAUAAUAUUUUCAAUAUUUUGUAAUGAAGCAUAAUUUUUAUGAGCUCAUUAUGCAAAAAAUAUCACAGAAAUGUUUUCACUAAAAAAAAGUUUUAAAUGUUUUUCAAUGUUAAAUAGAGCAUUAAAACCGCAGAAAAUUUUAAUUCACGUGAAUUUCAGUUCGCAUUUAAUAAUUCAUUAAUCAAUCUUUCAGUAUAUUUUAGCUAUUGACCUGUUGGUAUUACUUUAACACUGAUAUUGAUUUUUCAAAAAUUUAAUCACUGGACAACAAUUUUCAAUUCCUCAAUCAAAUUGUGGAAAAUAAUGAUUGACAGCAUUGUGAGGAAUUUUCUAAAAAGAUUUUCUACGCCGAGAAAAUACCAAGAAAAACCAGAAAAUGAGAGAUAAAAGGAUCAAAUUGCGACUGAAUGAUGAUUUGGCAUCACAUUGUGCUUCGAAUAGCUUUACCCUUGUAUCAUAUUGGGGGAAAAGUUGUAACGAAAGGAGAAAAAAGAAAAUUUCAAUUAAAGUCCAUUUAAUCAGAGCUACA